CGUUCUUCUGGACUUCUUACAAUCAUUCCUGCACCAUCACAGCUAACAGCUUUGCUGUACUCUUAAAGGAAAAGCAGGGCCUGAGGGAUCACAGGAAGUUAUUUCCACUCCUGCUAAUGAUCGGAAUCAGCAUUGCAGGUUGUUCGCCCCAUCCCAUCAGUAGUCGGGAGGGCGCAAAGAUACCAACCACUGCCUGGGAGAAACGCAGCGAGGGGGAACCUCGUGGGUCAACGUGUAGCCUCUAGAUGUGUCUGGUAUCGAGACAGGUACACGACAAACUCGACCAGCGGGGCAGCAGGACACAUGGCGGUCUGCUUCUGCUUGGCUAUUUUGUAAGCCAAUCUCGUAACAUAUGACAUAAUAAUCUAGUCCGGACUGCGGACUCGUAUGGCAAGGUGUGGGAAUCACGUGGCGCCUCCCUCCGUCUCCUCUCUCCCUCUCUACUGCCGCCAGCCUCGUCCCGACCCAUCACUGGCUGUUGAUGUGUUCAUCAAUGCUUUCCAAGCUUCUCGACCUCGGAUGGCCCCUCGAGGAAAGAAGGACCAGGUCUGUGUUGAGGAAUAGAUUAUGCAUGAGGCGCAGCGAAAAUAAUCCGCCUUUUGUUUUUUAGCUUGUGGCCUAGAGAAGAACGGGGGAGAGGGAGGGAGUGAGUACAUUGGCGGCUUAGGAUCUUCCCUGAGUUUUCUCCUUGCUCGGCACGAGCGGCGCAGUUGUGUUUCCGACUCAUUGAAGGUGCCGUGGAGCGUGGAGGAUUCUCGCGCUCUGGAUUUUUUGCAAAAGAUUGCGUUCGGGAGUUGUGUGUGGUCGGGAGCUGUGGCCCGACGAGGAAGAGGAAGAGGGCAGCGACGGCAGGCGUUCAGUGCACAGGUGGAGUUUAGAUUCCCUCCGAAAACAACGAUAACGAUAAUCGCAUGGAGUCGAAAUCGGAGUCCGAGGAGCAGCGGUAACUCACCAGUGCCUGCAUGAGUAUGCGGGCGGAAGUCAAGUUGCCAAGUGGUGGUGGCGAUGGAGAACCUCUGAUGGUGGUCAUCGUCGGAGAUUGUCGACUGUGUCCAGCCGACAUUCCUAACUUGGGUGCCUGAACGAUGGCGGUGAAGGCUGAGCACGAAAGGGGAAGGCAAAGGUGCAGCAGCCGGGGACGAGGUUAUGGCAGCUGGGAUGGUUGAUUGCUGGGACGCCACAGUCAACCAGGUGAGAAAGAUGAAUUCUCCGGGCGGUUUAAAUGGUUUGACCCGCAGCGCCGUGUAGCUUGUUGAUUCUAUGCGUCUGCUGCUGUGUGUGGCAACUGAUUGACUGGAGGAGGCCGGCCGCCAGUUUCAGUGUUGAGAUGGGAUGCAUGUGUGGAAAAGUCACCCCGCAUCAGCUGGGCCUAUCUUCCAGUGAGCCGAGAGUGCAUGGAGCGUGUGAAUUUGGAGCAUUGCACGGGCAGGUGGAGAGAAACACUGUGAUGGAAACGACAUUGUGGAGGGAACUACCCGAGCACCUGUUGGACAUGGUUCUGGCUGGUUUGCCCGUACAGUCUUUGACUCGCUUUCGAUCAGUGUGCAAGCGCUGGGAGUCCAUGCUCCUCUCGCCCAAUUUUCUGAAGUUAUGUGCCGGUAGGCAAUCGGAGAAACCGUGGUUUUUGUUUUCGGGACCCAGCGGCGAGUGCAUCGCCCACAACCCCAAUUCCAACAAGUGGGUCAUAUUUCCGCUCAAUUUUCUGCCCUCCUUCAAAUCGGUAGCCGCAGCAUCCCGAGGCCUCUUGUGUAUCAAGGGCGACGAUGACCGAAUUUUCGUCUGCAAUCCGCUCACUCGCUCCUCGGUCGAGCUUCCGCCCAUGAGCAUCCAGCGGGAGAAUCCGGUCAUGGGACUCGUGGUCGACAAGGACCAGAACUCUUUCAAGCUGAUCGUCACCAGCAGCUUCUAUGACAGCCUUCGCGCAUCAGACGUCACGACCGAAGUGUACGAUUCUGUUUCCAGAAGCUGGAAGCUCAUCGACAGCAGACUGUCCAGAUUUCCUCUCCAGAGAGAAGCUUUGUCGUACAACGGGUUCCUUUACAGCGCAGGCUGCAGCACAGUGUUGGUAUACGAUGUGAACAAUGAAAUGUGGAACCAGAUGGAUAGCCCUGUGAUGGAGCUCGGAGUCACGGGUCCGAAGCUGGAUACCACAGUGCUUCCCAAGAUUUGUGAGUGCAAGGGUCGCCUCCUGAUGGUGGCGAUCACCGUCAACAGCGCCCUGGUGAUCACCCGAGUUGCAAUCUGGGAGCUGGCUCAGGAGCGGUCGUCUGCCCGAUGGAAGGAGAUGGAAGUGUUACCUGCCCCGAUGCUGGAAGAAGUUGUCCGCUUGCUGCCUCAUGGCUACCUCUCCAACCUGCCCCAAUAUUCCGGGAACGAUGACUUAAUGUGCCUCGUCAUUGCAUCCAGCAGAGUUCUCGUUCAUUGCAUAUCCCAUCGGACGUGGUACUGGCUUCCCCCCUGCCCCUUCGUCCGAGAAUUCGGUCCCAAGGCUUUUGCAUUCCAGCCCAUUCCUAGUGCUCUUGUGUAGAAGGAUACAGUCGUAUGCAACUUUGUUCUCUUCCGAGCGUAGCUGUAAUUCUACUUCAAUCGUCAGGCAAGCGAUCAGCGUGGAUCGUUCGUUUCACCUCCGAUCGAGAAAACCACAUUUGUCUCAGCUGAUGAACGACGUAUACAGAGAGUGGGCGACGCCCAAGAUUUCUAGGUUCAAGCGAGUAUCGUGCUCUGGAAAGCCAAACCAAUUUGGACGAGCAAGCUGUAAAUCUGCAGUUGUUUCAUGCAUAUCAAGAGGUUGAGUCGAACAGGUGAUGUCAGGCAGCACAAGUCCUGACGGAUAUCAAUCUGCAAGGCUGCAGAUUGUUUAGACUUCGGCUUGUUGCUAUGGUCAUGAUUUACCUCGUGUAAUUAGUGAUAUUGAGUAUGGAGCUGCACCUCUGAAGAUUGCUGAGGAAACUCUUCUCAGUAGGAGGAUGGACUCCAUCUGACGUGUAAUUAUGGACAUGGGUUUAGAAAAGAAGCAUCUCUGCCCAUGAACAUUCCUUAAUACCUUCAUGAAAAGAAUAUCAUAAGACUGUCUCGAAUAUCCAUUUGC